CCAAGCAUCUCUGCUAGACGAUCUUCUGGGGGAUCAUUUGGGUCUUGGAGCAAGUUGAUGAUGAGGAUGCUGAGAUGGCUUUGAAUGGAAGGGUUUUGUAGGAAGAGUCCUCGAGUCGAGCCGCGUAGCUUAUGUUUAAAGGAAAGCCUGGGCUGGUACUGGUGAGAUUACCAUAACCCCUCAAAUUCAUAGGAUAUACAGUUGGGAAGGGAGGCAUUCCGGCCCAACAUACUCCCAUCCUCGCCUUGCAUAGAUCAUGCCGAAAUGGAAAAUCGAAGUAGCAUCCCGCCCGCACAGGAUGAGGAUACUGGUGGUGGGCCAAUGCCCGACCAAUGCUUUUGGCGGCGGCAGCAGUGGCGUUCCAUGGUCUUCAAGCAGGGCAUCGGCUUCCAUUCAUCCCAAUUGCGGGUGCGGUUUGGUCUGGAUUGUGGAUUGCUUCUUCAUGCCCCGGGCGAUGCCAAAAAAUGGCUUCGUGAUCGAUGGAGCCGACCUCCCAUGGCCGUUGCUAUGGAGUUCACCGGGCUCAUGUGAUCGUAGAUCUCCAUUGGAAUGAAUCGACAGAGGCGAGAGAUACAAUUUACACGCACAGGCCAUCUUUAAAAUGAAGAAAUCUAUACCCAUCCUCCCCAACUAUUCCUCGGUUAUAAAUUUUGGGGAUGAACUUGGUAGGAGAGAGGCAAUUCACACCAGCAACAUGAAUCUGCGAUGUUGAGAGGGAGGUGAAUCUACGUACGAGCUUGUUGGCGUUGAUGGUGAGUGAGAAGACCAAGAACCAAGAAGACACGAACCGCCGACGAAGAAGAAGAAGAGAGGGGAGAAGGGAUCUCCAUUCAGUUCCCGAGAGAGAGAGAGAGAGAGAGAGAGCGCAAGAAUGGUGGCGAGAAUGAGAGCGAGGCUGUCAUGUGAGUAAAAGAUGAAACCUUUAGAUACGUUUUCUUGGCUCAUGAGAUUAGUUCCAGCAUAAGCACUACCGGACAGAGUGGCAGAUUCAUGUUGCUGGUGUGAGAAACUGUGGAACUCUUCCUCAAAAUGGAUGCUCUCCAUCUGCAUGUACUUUCCAAGCACGAAGUCAUUGCUUCUGGAACUUCAGUUCAGUUAGAGAAAACCUGGCCAAGAUCUUCUGGCUCCACACCAAAUGUCAAAGGUCAGUUGGGUUUUCUUUGUCUUAUUAGUUAUCAGAGACAAUUAUAAGGAAUUGUGGAGACAUUGUUCAUGUGCAUGUAGCUGGGAGAGAAGUUCUUCAUGAGAUGGUGAAAAUAGUGAAGAAGAAGGUAAGAAAUUUUAAUGCAUUUGGAUGCUGAAAGGUACCUGUUGGCUAAAACUUCAUGGUAUUCCUGAUUCUUCAGCCCAAUAUCCAUGUCAAACAGAAGAUAGUAAUCUUGAUAGAUACUUGGCGAGAAGCUUUUGGAGGACCGAGGGCUAGAUAUCCUCAAUACCAUGCUGCCUACCAGGGGUUGCUGCGAGCAGGAGCAGUGUUCGCUCAGAGAGAGGAGGGUCCUGCGCUGGUUUUUAAACCUCCACAGACACAGCCUCUUUCAUCAUAUCCGCAAAAUAUCUGCAAUGCUGAUAUCCGGCCAGAGCCAUCUGAGUCUUCUGCUGAGUCUGAGUUUCCCACAUUGAGCUUGACAGAAAUACAGAAUGCACGGGGGAUCAUGGAUGUGCUUGCGGAAAUGCUGAUUGCCAUAGAUGCUCGAAACAAGGAGGGGCUUAGGCAGGAGAUCAUUGUUGACUUGGUAGAGCAGUGCUGCACCUACAAGCAGAGAGUGGUGCACCUUGUAAAUUCAACAUUGGAUGAAUCACUUCUACGUCAAGGAUUAGCUUUGAAUGAUGACUUGCAGCGUGUACCUGCCAAGCAUGGAGUCAUUGCUUCUGGAACUUCAGUUUAGGCUGAGAAAACCCCGCUGAGACCUUCUGGCACCACGAGGGAUGUCAAAGGUCCUCUACUUGAUAUUGGAGAUAACAGCGAAAAGCCUGAUGAAAGAUAACUGGUUCAUUAGUCAUGAUUGCAAUAUAUAAACCCCAAAUACUUGUUCUGUGGCAAAUUAUGAAGUUCAGCUGAAGUCUGUGAACUGAGCAGUGCUACUCUUAUGAUAAGUUGAUCUGGAUAUUUUUCGCUAA